CUUGACGGGCCACAACCGGGUCCGAGUCAUCCCACCGCCGGGGCGAUAUGGCUGCGAGUGGACGCGUCGCUAUUUGGCAGCCGGGCUUCCUCUGGCCCGCGCUGUUGCUUCUUCUUCUUCUCGUGAUGCCGCUGCGAGGGGUUCGAGGUGCUCGGCUGUACUCCGAGGAGGACCCCCUGACGAUCUUGACGAGUGACACACUGAAGGAAACGCUACGGAACUCGUCCACCGCCUGGUUGAUUCAGUUCUACUCGUCGUGGUGCGGACACUGUAUUCAGUACUCGCCGACGUGGAAGGCACUGGCCGGAGAUGUGAAAGACUGGGAACAAGCCAUCAGGAUAGGGGUGCUGGACUGUGCUCAUGAGAAAAACUUUGAAAUCUGUAAGGAAUUUGGAAUCCACUUCUAUCCAACAUUCCGGUAUUUCAAAGCUCAUAGCAGUUCAUCCGACAUUGGCAAAACAUACAGAGGAGCAGACCGAGAGCUGCAAACUGUGAGACAACUGAUGGUGAACUUCCUCCAGAACCACACAAGAGAUGACUGGCCUGCAGGAUGCCCCCCACUGGAGCCAGCAAGAUCAGCUGAUAUUCUGUCUCUCAUGGGGCUGAAGACAGACCACUACACUGCAGUCAUUAUUGAGGAUGAAGAUUCUUAUGUCGGUCGAGAAGUGAUUCUGGACCUGAUGGCAUAUGAUGGUGUGAUUGUGAGGAGAGUACUAAAUACAGAGAGAACCUUCAUGGAGAAGCUAGGGAUCAGUUCUGUUCCUGCAGCCUACCUGUUCCGGCCUAACGGAACACACAAACUCAUGGAUGUGCAGAAGAGCUUGCGAUUCUUCUUCUCGUCCUUCCUCAAGCUCCUGCCUGGGGUGCGCAGGAAGCAGGGCCCCUCUGCACUGGAGAAUGCAGGUGGAAGCAGGGGGCAGGAUUCGGUAGAGGUGUGGAAGGAGUUUGACAAGUCCAAAGUGUACAUGGCAGACAUGGAGUCCGGUUUGCAUUACCUGUUCAGAGUAGAGCUGGCCAGCCACCAGACCCUAGAGGGAGAGGAGCUGAAGACCUUCAAGGAUUUUGUUACAGUUGUUGCCAAGCUGUUUCCAGGUCGACAAUCUGUAGUAAAGUUGCUAGAGACCCUGUUAGAGUGGCUGGUCAGUCUGCCCCUUGAAAGAAUCCCAUAUGAUGCAAUCCUAGACCUUGUCAAUAACAAGAUGAGGAUAUCUGGGAUGUUCCUGAGUGAGAAGUUGCAAUGGGUGGGCUGCCAGGGCAGCCGACCAGAGUUGAGAGGGUACCCCUGCUCGCUGUGGACUCUCUUUCACACACUUACUGUCCAGGCCUCCCUUCGACCAGAUGCUUUAGCCAAUACUGGGUUAGAAGAAGAUCCUUUGGCGGUGUUGCAGACAAUGCGUAGGUACAUCAGAAGCUUCUUUGGCUGCCGGGAGUGUGGUCAGCACUUUGAGGCUAUGGCCAAGGAGUCCCUUGAGCAGGUCAAGUCCUUGGAUGAGGCAGUGUUAUGGCUGUGGAGGAAACACAACCAGGUCAACAGCAGGCUGGCAGGUGCACUGAGCGAGGACCCCCACUUCCCAAAGACUCAGUGGCCAACCCCUGACCUGUGUCCAGCUUGCCAUGAAGAGCAGGAGGGCCUUCAUGUUUGGAAUGAAAACAAAGUACUUGCUUUUCUAAAGCAACAUUACAGUAGUGGCAACAUUUCCCCCAAGUACACCAGCAGCAAUAGCCCAGACAUGCUGCCAAUCCAGGACAAAAAUGCAGGACUGUCAUCAGAUGAAAAACCCCAGGGUAACCAGGGUGGUUCUCUUGCCCCUGGUGGCUUCCCCACACGUGAGAGACAGCAUGGUCUGGAUGUACCCAGAGAAGCAAGUGUGAAUGCCCGCAAGGAGCCUAAGCCCAGCAUGACUUUCCUGGUUCUUGGAUUUUCCAGCCUGGACAUGAGUCUGUGUGUGCUCCUGUAUGCAUUCUCCUGUGUUUUCCUCAUGCUCAUGUUCUUCUUCUUUCGCAUUCGGUCAAAGAGGUGGAAGGUUAGGUACAACCGUCUCUAUGUAUAGCAGUUUGACAUCUGGCGAUGCGGACUAUGGAAAGGCUGAGAGACAGGAACUCCAGCUUUUUUGUGCAAAGCAAACACAUUGAAGGAAUCGUGAUCUUUAAUGUGGUGGUCGGACCUACACCAGAUGAAGGAUUUCUCGCAAGCUGUGGUAGGAUGUGUCUUGCAGCCACAGACCUAGUUGUGAUGUCAGGGACUUCUCAGUAUGAUUGUUUCUGAAAAAUGACAGCAAAGAAAAGGUACACUUUUAGAAUGAAUGUUUUUCAAAAAUCAUAAGUAGAACUGGCAUUAAAUUACAGGCAUUUUUUGAAUCCCAGUGAAAAAAACAGUAGCAGAAACGUCCUUUAUUUUUCACAUUUGUCAGCAAUCUUGAUGUGCUCAUCUUCCAUUCAAGCUUCUACUUUUGAUGCUUACAGAUAGUGUUUCCAUUCUCUAGUUAACCAAAACUGCUUUGGUCAUGUAAGGUGUGUGUGUGUGUGU